AUGACAUCUGUUUAUUUAAGGAUUCUACUCGCUUUGAUCUUUUUGUCAUCAUUUCUACAAAAAUCUGAUGGGCACAAUGAGGUAUGGUGCAUAGCAGAUGAGCAGAUACCAGAAGACGUAGUACAAACUGCACUUGAUUGGGCAUGUGGGAAUGGUGCAGAUUGUAGUAAGAUACAAGUGAAUCAGCCUUGCUUUUUCCCAAACACAGUGAGGGACCAUGCCUCUUUUGCUUUCAACAACUACUAUCAGAACUUCAAGCACACAGGAGGAGAUUGCUACUUCAGUGCUGCUUCAAUCAUCACUAACUUUGAUCCAAGUCAUGAUUCCUGCAAGUUUGAAUAUCUUCCCUGAAUUAAGAGUUCAGAAUACCAGUUCUUCCUUGAAAAGUUGAUUUCUAUUUUCUCUCUCUGUAGGUGUUU